AUGACGAGCGACAAGUUCGCUUUGCCCCGACGUCUUCUGGUCUACUGUGACUCAUUGGCCCGACGGCAGCGACUCCUGGAGACGCAUUCAGCGACACUGGUGCGUUUACGGGAUGCGGGCUAUCUGGUGCAGUUGCCGCAAGGCUGGAAACCGGAAACCACCGCUGACUCGACCUCGGGCGUUGCGAGCGGAAACGUCACCGCUUUCGCAGUGCACUCCUUCUUCGUCGAGCUGGAACGCUAUCGACAUCAACAGCAACCAGGUGCUGCCUGGGUCGGACAUACGCUCGUCCACGCACCUCUGCUCGAGUCGACGCAAGACCUGAUACGAUCUUUUGCGUUUCCCGACGGCACGGUUGUCGUGGCAGAUCGUCAAGUUUCGGGUCGAGGGCGGCGUGGUGCGACCUGGGACUCGCCCGGUGGAAGUCUCGCGUUUUCGUUGCAACUGGAGCUGCAGAAUGGGUGCGAUCAACCCGUGCAGUUCAUUCAGUAUAUCGCUGGACUUGCGUUAGCGGAAAGCAUUCCCAAUGAAAGUCCCGAGGCCGAGCAGGAGGCAGCGCGAGCGUUGCAUAUCAAGUGGCCGAAUGAUCUCCUUGUGGACGGUCUGAAAGUCGCCGGUAUCCUGUGUGAGUCGAGCGUGUUUCGUGAUCGCUUCACCGUCUACGUUGGUAUUGGCGUGAACGUUGCCAAUGCUGCUCCAACUGCUGCGUUGGCGCAGUUUUCAUGGGCAAGUGCUUUGACGCGAGAGCGGUUGCUUGCGCGUUUUCUGGUAAGGUUUGAACGCUUCCUGACUAUAUUUCUUGAUAAGGGCUGGGUGGCAUCGGGUCUUGGGGCUCGCUAUACUGCCAGGUGGUUACAUCAGCGACAGCUCGUGCUGCUCGCGGAGACGAACCAGCGCGGGCGAAUCAUAGGUCUGAGUCAACAGGGCUGUUUGCUCGUUGAACUGGACCCGUUGUCUGGAGAACGUGGUCGCUCUGGGGCAUCUGCCAUCGCUGGUCAGGCACAGUGCGAAGCAGGGACAUGUUCCCAGUAUAUUGAAGUGGAGCCAGAUGUCUCCAGUUUUGACUGGCAGCGUGGAAUCGUGCAACGCAAGCAAUGA